AUGACGGUUGCUGCUGCUGCCCGAUACCGGGCCGAGCAGGAUGCGGUUUUUCGCAAUGAGACCAGCAAAGUCGUGGCCAAGGCUCAGACGGGGACUAAAUGGGAGAUUAGCAUGCCUGUAUCUCCAAUACGCCCUAUAGAACUCACGGGAGAUGGCGAUGUCAGGAAUCCUGCCAUCGAUUUCUCCGCUGCAACUGUCCAAAUGGUAGAACGCACAAAGGUCACUAUCCGAACCCUCUCCGUUCCACUAGAAGACGAGGCUACCUACUAUUUCUUCCACAACUUCGUCCCUGCGGACCCUGCCUCUCUGACAACGUAUUCUGACGUGCUGCCUACGGUCUAUCGGCAAGACUCCUCCUUCAAUGCUCUGCCCAAGAUCAUCGAAGCCAUAGGCUUGGCGGGCAUCUCGAACGUGAAGCAGGCGCCGGAACUUAUGGUCGCGGCGGGUCAAAAGUAUGCGAGGGUAUUGCGUGCCAUCACUGCUUCCAUUCAAGAUUCGAAAGAAACUGUCACAUGUUCAAAUCCUGAGUCUAUGAGGUCUUGGACCAACCACGUCAAUGGAGCUACUGCGCUAGUGCGCCUACGUGGAACGGAUCAAUUGCGAACAAAGGUUGGGCGCAAACUUUUUGACAAUCUAGUUGUUCAGAUUCUCAUCGACUGCCUCCAAAGGCGUCAAAUGAUCCCUCCGGAUGUCAUCGAAUGGGCUGAGAUUGCUGCUGAAGGUGAAACCAAGAAGGCGGUACCCGAGAGGCAGCUAAUCCAAAUAAUUGGGCGCCUUUGCGCUCUGCGAGCUGCUGUAGAUAGACCAGAAACCAACGACAUUGGAGUCGUCACACUGGCGAAUUUUAUUGACUCUGAUCUGGAAGAUUGGAAGAACAGCCUUCCACCAGCCUUCUCUUACUCGAUUAAACAGAGCCCCAACACCGAAAAUGUCUUCUCCAACACGUAUCACGUCUACAAAGGCACGUGGGCCCUUUCAGUCUGGAAUGUAUACCGUUGCGCUCGCAUCCUCACCCAGCAAGUGAUCACGACUUGGCUUAGUCGCAACUCCAUGCCGAAUCCAGCCCUUGACCAAUCACAACGACGCCAAUCCAAGGUUCUACUUGCAAAUCUUGCUUACGACAUUUGUGCAAGUGCUCCCUUCAUCUUGGGAGCCUCAAACUCGUCCGUGUACUCGUCCCGGCUCCCAAGAGCUGCGGCAGGGGCAUCUCUGCUAUGGCCUUUCUACCUUGUUGCAACGAUGGAUCAAUGUCUUACCGGAAUACGUGCUUGGAUCAUUACCCGGCUUGCACUGAUUGGACGGCUCAUGGGCAUCAAACAAGCCGAGUCUUUGGCUAAUGUUUUAAGAACCAAAAGAGAGAUCACGGCGUGGGAUAAAUUCGAGACAGCGCGCGCAGACGAGGUGCUUGAUGAAUGGUGA